AAUAUUUCUCGACCUAUUUUACUUAAAUUGUAUCGCAUCAUCACUAUCUAUAAUUAUUAAAAUGUUAUUCUAAAUCUUUCUAGUUUUUCAGUUGAUUGUGAGUUUUUCUUCAAUUUACUUGAAACUCAAGAACACAGAAAUUUAGUUUAAAAUCAAAAAUACCAAUGGAACGGUUAUUGCUUACAUUGUUUUUAAUAAUAUCAAUUCGAUUUUGUUAUCAGCAGGACACAAAUGUGUGUCCUAUUGGAACGGAUUUCUUUAAUGGAAUGUGUGUUCGAUCUUUGUGCCCGGAGACUCAUUACCUUGUCAAUGGAGCAUGUCUUUUAAGGCCAACUGAAACAGCAUCUUGUGGUUUUGGAUUUGAUUUAAUCAAUGGAAUGUGUGUACAACAAAACUGUCCACCUAAUUUUAUAAUGAUAAAUGGAUUAUGUCAGGAAGUACUUCACAAUACACCAACGCUCUACUGCCCUAGUGGUUUCUCAAUUCAGCAUGACAUGUGUAUUCCAAAUCCUGGAAUUAUCUUACCCUCAUUUUGUCAGGCAAGACCGUGUCGAACAUAUCAAUGUCAGCUGAUUUGUUACAGAACUACUUCAAGGCCUACAUCAACUACACCUACAGAAUGGACAAAAACAACAUCAACAACUACAAUGUCCCCACCAAUAACAACAUCAAAAACAGAAACAUCACCAACAACAACAACAUCACCUACACCACCAACAACAACAACAACAACAAAAUCACCAUGUUCUCCAGAUCAUGUAAUUAUCGAUGGUGAAUGUCGAUUUGUUUACUGUAGAAAUGGUACAUUUUACAGAGGGCGCUGUAUCCAGCCAGUCUGUGCUCAUGGCCUGGUGUGGACAGGGUUGACUUGUACCCAUCCAGAAGUCAUUACCACAAUUCUGGAAAUUAAAAAUAAUUUUAACACCGAAUCAAAUCAGACGGGUCCUGAAUUCCAUGCAGCUAAAACAAUAACAAAUAUAGUUUAUCUAACAGAAAAAAAUGAAGCAGCCAAAGAAGAAAUUAAUUAUAAAAAUAAUUGCACCACGACGAUAUCAGGUUCAAAUGGAAAAUGUUGUUUUAUAGUCACACCGAGAAUGUGUAAGAAAUACAACACAAAAUGGGUCUGUUUUAAUCGUCAAUAUCGACAGUGUGGUGAAAUUUGUGGAAUAUAUUCUGUAAAAUACCUUAAAGUCGAUAAGGUAAUCGAAUAUCCGGGAAUGUUGGUCAUACCACCAAAUCCUGAGUUGCAAGGUUGUUCUAAAAAUGAAUGCAAAAUAAGUGAUGCUAUCGACUGCUCCGGUUGUUUGGCAAAUCAAAAACAAACCUGCUCACCAUAUUGCUAUCGAUAUCGAUGUCCAAACAAUAGAUGCACCUUUAUCGAUCAAUCUGAAUAUUGUAAAAAAUAUAGGGGAAGUCCGGGCUGUAGCAGCAGUGAUGGAUGUUUUGAAGAUUAUUGUUACGAAGAAACUGCAAGCCAACAAGAAUGUCAAUAAUAAUCUUCGUUUUAAUAAUAUUAUUUUCUUAUUUUAGCUUGUAAAUCUUUGUCUUCAUUUCAUACAGUUUUACCAUUUAUAUAAUAAUAUUAUGUUAUGUUUAAUACAUUAUUUGAUAGGACUAUCGUAAUAAAUUGCACAAGGUUGCAGAUUACAUCA